AUGCUGUCGCGGUGGGCGAUCAAGAGGAUCUGCAGGUUUCUUCUCAAGAAGAAGAAACUGGGGGAUUACAUCGACCUCGACCAACUCGACGUCCAACUCGCGGAAGGCGUUAUCCAGCUCAGGGACCUGGCUCUCAACGUCGACUUCAUCAACGAGAAGGUUGGAUGUUAUUUUAGGGCCUUUUUUCGACAAUUUAUUGACUUCAGAGCUCGGCAUGAACCCGGGGCUUCUCCCACUUGCGACGGCUCUCUAUUUUCGUGUCCAAGUCCUCCUUUCUUCAUCUUUUGUUUAGCUCAUUCUUUUUAUCAGGGGUUCUAUCUGUGCAUGCUCUGAUAUCCUCGCCAUUUUUGACUUGAAGUAAUGCUUCCGGGAAAUUCUCCAUUUCCGGGAAUUAUAUCUUCUGCAUUGCAUUAGUCUGGGCAAUGAGAGCGGGCAAGAUUUUUGCGCUUUUUUCAUAAAGAAAUUUAUUGAAUCAGUUUUACCACUGGAUUUCGUAAUUCUUUUGAAAUAUGAAAUGUGUAGGUAUCAAAUUAUUUGAUUACUAACAUUUGUCAAUCGGCUGUGAAACGUGUCUUAUUUAUCAAUAAAUUAUUCGAGUAGAAGCCUCUCGACACGUGUGGGUGAAGAAGAGAUUGAUAACACCCCUCAAUAAGCCAACGAAUAUUUUACUUUGCUCCCCACUAAAUCAAUCUUUGUCGCAAUCUUUGUAUCGCUAGGAAUGAUUGGGAAAGAUAUUGAUUCAGUGGGACAAGAUAAACGAUUCAUAGGCUUAUUGAGGGUGUUAUCAAUCUCUUCUUCACCAACACCGGCUGAGAAGCCUAGCAUUUCUCUGCAUCCCAAGUGUUACAUACAAGUAGAGUAUUGUUAUUUCGCCUUGUCAGAAAUGAGAUUCUCUUGUGACCAUCAAAUGUGCCACUUAAGGUAUCUGUGUGAAGGCUGUCGUGAGUGCAUCUGAUCGUGAUGGUUUUGUUGAUCUGAUAAUACACAUGCUAAAAGUGAUUAGUUUCAUUGUUGUAAUUUCUUGAUUCUACAAGUUAAAACAUUGUUUAUUUUUGCUUCUAAGAUGAAGCAUUCUUACUGUUGGUUUCACCUGAGAUCAAAUAUUCUUUUGUUUUAGUCGUUAUUCAAUUGAACUAUAGUCGCAUUACCCACCUAAAGUCAGUUAUUCUUACGUUGCAUCGGCUGCAUACCUUAUUUAAGCUGUAGGAGGUGAGAGACUGCGGGUUUUCAUUUGUACUUCUUGGUCAAUGUGGAGAGACAUUCUCUUUCUCUUCAGAAUGGCUACUUUUUUAAGUUUUUGCACGCACCAUUCUAUACGACUCUGAGAGAUGCACUUUUGUCAAACAUUGAAUUUUGGCAAACACAUUGUUUUAAUUUGUCUAUUCGGGACAUUGAAAAUUAGAUUUUAUCUUUCUAUACGACUCUGAGAGAUGCAAUGUGGAGUGUACAGAUGAACUAACAAUGACUAUUUGCUGAAAGCGUCAUCCGUUUCAGAAUUUUGGUGAUACCUUGAUGCUCCUAGAGCAGGGAACUCUCAGUUAAUGGAGCAUAACGUGAAACAAAGAAAAUGAAAUUGAAAUUAUAAAUUUAAUCCUAUUGAUUUAUUUCUUCAGUGAACCUGCUUCAUAAUUACUUCUGUUUCCGUUUGAUCAAAGAAAUCCUAACUUAUUUUAUUCAUUUCAGCUGGGUGAUUCACCAGUAUUUGUAAAAGAAGGAACAAUUCUUUCUCUAUCCAUUAAAGUCCCCUGGAAGAUGAAAAAUUGCCAGAUAGAAGUUGAAGACCUUGAGCUUGUAAUUGCUCCAUGCAGAGAUAGCAGGUUACCUACUGAUAAAGAUGUUUGCUUCUUAAGUGAUGAUGAAAAGGAAUCCCAGAAGAAUACCCCUGAAAAACUUGACCGGCGAGUUUCAUCUGGUAGCUUGUCUUCUGCUUCUCUGGAUGUUCAUGAGGGGGUCAAAACAAUUGCAAAGAUUGUGAAAUGGUUUCUUACGAGCUUUAAUGUAACGAUAAGAAAUCUAAUCGUUGCAUUUGAUCCAUGUUCAGAAAGUGAUGAUAGUUCCUCUCACAGGAAUUUGGUGCUUCGGAUUGCUGAAAUGGAGUAUGGGACACGUGUCUCUGACGACGCUAACUUACAGCCAAACAGCCUCUUAGGCAUUGCCAAAUUAACAAACUUCAUUAAAUUUCAUGGAGCAGUGAUUGAGUUUCUUAAAAUGGAUGAAACAUGUUCCUCAGAAACAAGCACCAGUGAGAAUUCUUUUAAAGGCUCACCUUCGGGUAGCACAUCACCAGUUUUCACUGGGGCAGCAGGUGGGUUUUCAGGGAUCUUGAACUUGAGUAUUCCGUGGAAAAAUGGAUCUUUGGAUAUUAGCAAAGUUGAUGCUGAUAUCACUCUUGAUCCUGUGGAGUUAUUGUUACAGCCAAGCACAAUGAAGUGGAUCAUGAUCUCGUGGGAAUCCCUUAAGAAAGUUGAUAAGGAUGGAAGAAAUCAUGUCAAUUUGAGCAACACAGAUACGGUUCAUCCAGUUCGUACAACAGGGACAGUUCGUCCAGACAAUAACAGGAAGACAUCUAGUGAAGGAGUUUUUUCCUCCUGUAUAGAUUCUCAAAUGAAUCAAGGUUCCGAUUUAUGUGAUUCACCUUCUCCGCCAUAUAUUAUACAGAACUGGGUGACAUCAGACAGCUUGAAAGGCCCUGCAGAACUGGAGGGUGAUUAUGGAAUGAGGUUCGUCUCUCUUUUGAUUUUCCCUAACUAUGCGAUAUUUAAAUCCCUGUCCCUGCUGUAUCGGUCUUUUUCGAUUGUUGAUACUGAUUGGAGGAUUACAGAUCUGUUUUCAAUCGAAGCAAUGUAAUUUUUCACCCUCUAAAUUUGGGAACAAAUAUUUGCGCUUUUAUAAUAUAGGAGUAUAACUUUUAUGCUGCAUUUUAAUUCUUCCUCCUCUGUUUUGAACUUGCGAAAUGUGGUAUACUUGUAUUUUUUUCAUCAUAAGUACCAAUAUUGAGCUGAAGAAAAAACUUUCCUGAGGCAUGUCAUCAUGAAAUGAGUGCAAAUAUUAAUAAAUUAAUAUAACUUUUAUAUCUCGAAUCAGCGAUGAUUUCAAUGAAUUUUUCCUAUUCCAAGAUGCCCAUUUGAUAUGGUUAUAUGAUUUCAAUGAAUCUUGCUACCUUGAAAAACUCUCUUGAUGCAAGGUUAUUGAAACCAGAAAAUUCCAUAUCAAUAAUCAGCCCGAUGGUUCAUUUUUUUCUGGAUUUAUGGUCAUGUUGAUGUGCUGAGGCAUACACGGCAAGAAGGUCUGAAGUAUCAUACUUCUUGUAUUAUUUUUAAGUUUCUGUUGGGAUAAUAGAAGGACAAAGAAAAUGUCACCCAGUAUCAUACUUCUUCUUGCAACAAUUUUUUUCGGCCUGUAUGAACCAGGAAGCCAAGAAAAGGUCACCCAUUAUUAUAUUGGUCCCAGGUUUUGUAUGUUUGAAUCAGACCAGUGAAGAACUAGACUAAAAUGAUAUAUGGUUGUUUGUAGGGCCUAGGUUGAUUCAGGUACUAAAUAACUCUGAAUCAGCGCACCUGAGCUGAGACCACUGCUGGUUGGAGUGGUCAAUCCGAGGUUUUUUAACCGAGUGUUUGUUUUUGUAUGCAGCAAGCUGUUAAGUUAUUUAAACAGAAUUAUUAUGACAUAUCUUUAUUGUUAAGUUAGGAGGACUACAAGGGCCUCGUAGUCAACAAGCUGUAUUUUUCAUCUAUUUCUAGUAACUAUAUCAGUCAAAUCCAUUUCUUUAAACAGAAUUAUUAUGUCAGUUGUGAAUUGUGAAAAUCAGAGGUCACACCACGAAAAGCUGUCGUUGUGUUUGGAGAUGGUGAUAGUGCGUUUUUUCUUUUUUGUUUAUAUGUGUGAAGCUAAAAAGCUGUCUGGGCUAGUCAGUUGUAAACCACGAAAGUAGAGCUUGAGAUGGGGAACAAAGGGAAAGAAGAAAUUUGGUGAAGAGGGGAUCUUCAAACCUGAAGAGAACAUAUGAAAUGCCCUCAUGUUCGAGGUCAUGGUUUUCCCAUUACACACUUGGUUUGUCUUGUGCUGUAACCUUGGAGGAAAGAAUUAAUAGCUUUUGCUAAAUUGCACCAAACUUCAAAAUAGUUGCUCCUCUGCAAGCAUAGAAUAGGAAUUUUGUUUCGAAAAUUUGUUGAUCUAUACAAGAAAUGCAAGAUUUGAAUCUUCUAAGCAAUGUGCUUGACAGUAACCCUUUUUGUGCAUGCGUACAUACCUAUUCCUGAAAACUAUAUUGAGCUCUGACAUUGUACAAUUAAAAUCGUCAUGUAUGUAAAUCUGACACGUUCCAAACUUUAUAUGGAUAUUCAUUCCCAGAUCCCAAAUCAAAGAGGAAACAUGAAAUAUAUAUUGACAAAGCGCUUGUGCAUACCUAUUGUCACUAGACACCAACCAACCACCCUUUCCAAUUUUUUCCCCAUGUCUCGACUAAAUUCAGAUGGCACAAGAAAACUAUUUGCUUCCUUCCCUGCGCUCAAUGGAGGAUAGAGGCGUCUAUGCUCUGGUUAUGUACAAGUAGGAGCAUGGUUCUCUUUCCUACAUAAAUGGAAGAUGUUGAUGAAGUUGAUGUUUGAGAUGAUUGUAAUAUUUAUCACUUAAUUUUAGUCAGGAUCUUCAUCAGUACUCUUGUUUUUCUUUGCCUAUUUCUGACUAUAACUUUCAUGAAGGUCCUAAUCCAUUUGAUGUAUUGCUCGGUAUCUUCUUUCAGCAUAGAUCAAUUCUUUGAAUGUUUUGACGAAGUAAGAAGCUCCCGAGCUAGUUUAGGCAACAGUGGGAUAUGGAACUGGACUUGUUCAGUUUUCAGUGCUAUAACAGCUGCAUCAAGCCUUGCUUCAGAAUCAGUGUAUCUUCCUUGCGGUAUGUUUGUAUGACUAACUAAUCUGUUAUUUUCCGUGUAUAUGAAGAGCAGAAGUUGAAGUUUUUUCUCUUUGCGUACUCAGAAAUGCUAACUGCUGAUGUGCUUGUCAAACAUUUCAUCAUUCGUUACAUACAUGAAAAAUGAGCCUAUCUUAUUACUCCAAGUCGUUGUUUGCAAUGUUGAAUAUUCAAAUUAAAUUUCCAAGGCUAAAGACUGUUUUAUCUGACGUAGCAUAUUACUUCAGAAAAAGGGAAAGUCGAAUUUGUUUUGACCCAAGUGGCCUGAAAACGUAAAAACAUGGACCACAUAAAAGUGUUGAAUUUUAUCAACUUAUCCGAUUUUGGAGAACAAAUUCGGUCUCUUUAAAGGCCUAAGUCCUGUAACAUGAAGGAUAUAAAUAUUACGAUUUUUCGUUCUCGUUGUGAGAUUUCUGAGUGCUUGUGGAUUCAAGGGACGUUACUUUGAUCCUCAUGGAUUCAAGGAUCGUCUAAACGAAUCCUUGAGGAUGCAAAGAUAGGAAAAAUUCGUGUCUUAUGGAUUCAAGGCCCAAUACUUCGUUCUUUACCCACUCCAUAUUUCGUGCCUAGUGGAUUCAAGACCUGAAAUUCUAUUUUCUGCAACUUUUGCUGCAUCAUUAAGACAUCAAGUCUGUUUCGGAUUAGUGCAAGGCUAUUUUAGAGCUGAUAUGAUCACCAAUAGCCUGACUGGGCUACCUCUGAAACUGACUGCUUCAUCUCUGAAACUGACUGCUUCUACGAGUCAUUAUGUGACACAUUUAAAAUGAUUGUGUUGGUAAUUAGCCUGAGAAGUUUUUCUUAGGAAGUAAGGUCCUGGUUUCAAAACGCGUUGGUGCUCAUAAUUUAGGUGGAACAUGGGUAACUUGUGAUCACUUCGGGGGUUUGCCAGUAAUAACUGGUGGUUUCCUUGUCACCAGAAGAAAGCUUUCUACAGGUAACAGGGGAUGGCUGACAAGGAGAGAACACAUUUUCAAUGACGAAAAUUGAAAGCUUGAUCAUUGAAGUAAAAUCUAUUACUUGAGUCAAAGUAGAGGCCAUUAUCAUUGAGUUCCAACAAAAUCAAAGGUCAGAUGUAAGUGAGGCUGAUAGUUUUCAUUAUGUCAACUUGUAGCUUGGGAUUGUAGAAUUGGCAAGGGAGACAGUGGUAAGGUACCAUGUUUCCCAGUGGAUCUCCAAAGGAGCUCAGUUGCUCACAGGUUUUGAAUACUCUGGGAAUUAGAUCUGUCGUUUACACUUGCUGAUAAAGGAUUAUUCUUGAAGUAUCAACAAUCUUAUGUUUCAAGUAUGAAAGAUGACUGUGGCAACCAUAGUCAAUUAUGCUAUUCAUGGCGAUGAUUACACAAUUCAUCAAGGAGAUUAUUGAUCCGGGAGGCAAAUUGGAGAUGCAUUAUAUUGAUCGGAUACAUUAUGCUUGAUCCCAAGAAUCUAUAAUUAGGAAGGAAAAGGCUGCCGUUAUAUAUGAAUUGAAGGUUGGAUUUGUCGAACUGAUGAAGCCAAUAUCCAAGGCCUCAAAAAUCUUCCUGUAGUUUUUGAUAUCUGAAAUAAAAUGAAGGAAACUGAGAAAACUGGAAUUCUGAUAUAUGGAUACAAUAAUUCCUGCGGUUAUCUCAGUCAUAACUCAAAUAUUAAACAAAGUAAAGUGGUAGUAUGCAAGACGUCCAUUCAUCUAGAGGUUCGUCUUUUGAAUUUGAGUAAGAUAUGAUACCACAUUUUAAAAUCUUGGGUAGACAAUAAACUCCACAUCUCACCAAUAGUGAGGUUUAUGCAUAUUUAAAAUUUUAAAAUGUGGCAUCAUUUGUCACUCAUUUAAAAUUCCAUGUCUGUAUUUUUUCCACACUUUCUGCCUUGACUUUGGUAUCUCUCUCUCUCUCUCUCUCUGUGGCUAUCUAUCUGUUUUCCCUCAUUGCUAGAUGCAUUGAGGUUCAUAGGCAUUUAAUACUCAUGCUUACAAUUCAUAGAGACCAAUGAAAACGUACACUAUCAUGCACUAUCUAUGAUCAAAGAUUCUUGGAUGCACAAGGAUAUUCAAACACGUACACACCAGACCUGCUCACAAUACACCCAUCCACGUGCUUACAAUCCCACGAAUAUACUCAUCCACAUUGGGAGAAAUACAGAUUGAGCACCUCUAUCAUGUACACGAGACGCACACAGCAUGCAGACUCGUACAGACUGUUUGACACUGAUAUAUUACCACAAUGUGAACACACAUCCAUACCCCAGGCCCCUCCCUCUCAAUUCCUCUCACUCUCUCUGAUUUACUUCUUUAUAGGCUAGGGUUUUCCUGGACAGGUGACCUAUGCUCUUUGUUUUCUUCCAUCUCGUCCUUCUCACACCAUUCACUCUUCUUUUCUCCUCUUCUUUUUUCUCUUCAUAAAGUAGUGGGAAGGGCUAACCACAUCUUCCUCUCCUUCCACUGGGUAUCAGGAUUAAGGUUUCUGAAAUCUUUCUUCCUCUUCUGUUCUGACCACUCAAUGAGAAGGGGUUGACGUCAAACCGGGAUUUCUCCACUGCCCGCUCCUCUCUCAUAUUUGUCUGGGGUUACUGUCAAUGUCAUGGUUCUUUUGCUUUCCAUCACUUUUAGUCUUCUCCUUUGACUCGUUACAAUUGAUUACAACCCGAGGGGAUUGACUGUACCUUCCUCUUGCUACAGCGGCUAAUAGCAGCAAGGGGAGGCUUUCCUCUUUUCCUCUUUUCCCUAAUCUGGUUGGGCCUAUUACUGUGGAUAGUGAAUUAGGCCAUACUGCGAGUGACAGCGUACACCCCCCUCCCCCCUUUCCCUUUUUCCUCCUCUCCUCUGGCUUCAAAUAUUUUGAUUGAACUCAAUGAAGUUACCAAUCAAAUGCUGUUUCACCUUGCCUUUUGGUCAUUCUAUAAAGUUGGUUAUCUUGCACUUGUUGUUGAUACUUAGAAUGGUUACAUUUCUCCAUAAGUUUGAACAAUUUCGUUACACACUGUUUGUUUUUGACAGAGCAACAGUACAGUGAAACCAAUUUGAAGGCUAAAGUUUCUGCAUUUUCUAUUAUUGUUUCCUUUGAUGACGAGCUGAGUUAUUCUGAUCAUACAAUGAUGCAUCGCCAUAGACAAAUGGAAGGCCUGCAUGGGACUACAUAUGAAUCCUUAUCAACCAUUCUAAUUCCCUCUGUACAUCAUGUUGAAAUCAAGUGCCAAGACCUGCAUCUUGCAUUGCAGGUAAUAAUAACAUGCAUCCCUUUCUUCCUUUAUCUUUUGAAGGUUCCUGUCUCUGUAUGAUAUACCUUUCUCUUUAGUCUUCUGAACUUUACUUAAAAACGAGUUAGUCUUGUUGUUGUGGACGUAUUAUUAUGAUGAAUAAUUUUGGACCUUUUUAAAAAAACGCAGAUUUUCCUAGAUGGUACAGAAGUGGAAGCAACAAUUAGGGAAAUUAAGAUUGAUGACACCCUUGAUAUUGGAAAUGAGGCAGAGAGAUUUUUGUCCGAGGUCAGUCGACUUCAAGCAGGAGUUCUAGGCACACUUCCGGCAUGCCCUUUUUCUAAUUAUGAAAUGAGUGCCAACUUUAUUUAUUCCCCUCCAGAUACACAACCACGUGAUGAGAAUUUUAUAGGGAACCGGUGUAAAAUUAUUCCCAAGGGAUUGGUCAACGUUCAAUUGCUAAAAUCUUUUGGAGCUUGCCGCUUCAAAUGUUCUCUCAGUUCCACCAGUCAAAAUAAGCAGUCAUCAGUGUUAUCAUCCUUCUCUGUAUAUCUACCACAGUUUACCCUAUGGGUUGAUUUCUCUUUGAUAACUAUGCUCCUGGCCCUUCUUGAGAAAGUUGGAAGUUCGUUGAAAGGCGGUGAAAUAAAAGAUUCUGCAUCUGAUAGUUUUGACCAAAAGCAUAGUGCUUCUCAGGGUGGUGUACAAAGGGUUUCACCUGGAGGAAAUCUUCGAGGGGAUAUUUUCCUUUCAAGAACCAGGAUCGUAUUGUGCUUUCCUUCUGAAAAUCUUGGAGAUAUGAAGGGGCCAUUCUGUUGGAGCAGAUUUCUUGGUCUUGAUUUUUCUUCAUUACCCUAUAGUGCUGAUAAAGGUCCAGCAACAGGUCAUGUUCAGAAACAAGGGUACCUGAAGGGUCGUUCCCAUUCACCAUCUAAAGUGCUGCAUCUUCAUAAUGGAUCCCUGGACGCAUAUUUAAUCACUUCCUCAAGAAAGAAUGUUUCGGAUAACAAGGAAAGUCGUAUAUCACAGCCAGACUUUGUUUCCAGGAUGAUUUUGUCUACAACUGGGGGAAUGGAUGGUCAAAAUCCUGGAAUUACUAUGCUUUGGCAGAACGGUCCUGUAACUGGGCCUUGGUUGUCAAAAAGGGCAUGGGAUUUAGCUACCUUGCAUGACCUAAGGAAUAAGAGAAAUGUAACUGGAAAAGGGGAUGAGUUUUCAUCCGUGAAAAGACCAGAAGAUGAACGAGAGACGAGUGGUCAAGUGCGCCAAGAAAUGAUUCUCAGUUCUUCAUUUCUCACACACAUUCAUCUUCCUCAGGUCUUGAUUGAUCUUACUAGUCAUGAGUACAGGCUACUAUAUAGGCUUCUAAAUGAAGUCAAGGAUGGGUUGUCCUGUCUUCAUUCCAAAAAAGAUGAUUCUGUUGUUGAUGAAGGUUUAAAGAAGGAAAAGACUUUCGAAAUAGAUGAUCAUGGGUCUCAAAUGUCAGUGCUCCUGGAGUGUGAUAUGCUUGAUAUAAGGAUCGCUUUAGAUGAUGUCUUGGAAAUCAGUAAUUCACUUCAGAAAGAAUUACCUGGUUCAUGGAAUAGUCUGAAACUCGGAAUCCAGAAAUUUGAGUUGUUAUCUGUGUCAAGUGUUGGAGGAAUUAUGAGUGACAAUUUUUUAUGGUUGAGCCAUGGUGAGGGCGAUUUGUGGGGUUCUAUGGUUAAAAUAGAUGAUACAUCGACCCAAGAUUUUCUUCUUAUAACUUGCAAGACCUCAGCAAUGAAAAGGGGUGAUGGAGAAGGCGGGAACAUCUUAUGGUCUGGAAGUGCAGGUACUUCAAUUACACAUGUGGCAAAUCAAGAGCUUUCCCAAAGUUUCACAUCUGUCAACAUUCGAUGUGCAACAAUCAAUGCACCUGGGGGCCGUUUGGAUUGGUUCAAUGCCAUGUGCUUAUUUUUUAGUUUACCUCCUCAUGAAGAUGAAAUGCUUAAUAAUACCUUAGAACAUGAUCUUCCUGAAGGUAUUGGAAGACGUAGGCAGCUGUUCUUUCUUGAUUUGGUAGAUAUUGCUCUUAACUAUGAGCCCCAUAUAAGAUAUUCAGGAACAAAAACUGUUGCUCCUGCUGCAUGUAAUAGCUAUCAUAAACCCAAUGAUGAGUCUAUGGAGAAAAAAAUGGCAUGUCUUCUGGCUGCUGCUUCUUUAAGCCUUUACAGUCAGGCUAUUGGAAAUGCUACAAGCAGUGAUUAUAAUAUUCGGCUACAAGAUAUAGGGUUGCUUGUAUGUGAGAAAUCAGGGUCAAAAAAUGAGACAGAUGGUUACAGUGUCAAUUAUCUUCUUGAAAGUAAUUAUGUUAAAAUUGCCAAAGAAGCUCUAGUAAAUGCUGUUUUGAGAACCAAUUGUGAGAAUGGCCUGCUGUGGGAGCUUGAAUUUUCUGAUUCGCAUAUUAGUAUGGGUACCUGUUAUGAUACCACUUCAGGCCUUGUUAGGUUGGCUGCUCAACUUCAACAACUUUUUGCUCCUGAUGUGGCUGAUGCGUUAGUGCAUUUGCAGUCUAGGUGGGAUUCUGUCAAACAAACAGGUGAUGAAAAUGGUGGAACUUCUGCAAUGAAUUGCAGCCCCAGUGUAUUGGCUUCACAUGAGAAACCAUCAAUAAAUGGUGAAAACAGUGCACAUACUGGAAUUAUGGAUGGCAUUCUUGACAAUGCUUUCUGUUGGCAGGGAAUCCAGACACGUGAGGUUGAUUCUUGUGGCAUGCAAUCUGAUGCUUCGCAGAUGCAAAAAGUCAGGUACAAUCUGGAUAUCAGUAGCCUUGCAGCUGGUGAUCUUUCCCUUCCAAAUGUCUCUUUAAAUGGAGCAAGUCGUAGAUUUACAGAACCAAAUGUGGGCUUGCCCCAUGUAAUUGAAAGCUACUACGCAUCUGAGUUACAAUCUGGCAGUUGGUCAUCAAAUGAAGCGCUCACUAGUCAAGUCAAUAUUUCAGCAAAUAGAGAUGCUGAACUGGGCAAGGGUAGAUGGUUUAAGGAGACUCCCUUGAUGAUUGUUGAGGACCAUAUUUCAGAUGGAACUAAUGAUAUUGGAGGGAAACAAUCUCACCAAGAAAAUAAGAUUCCAUUUGCUGAAAAUGCUCCUGAAACUUGCAUGGCAAGGGGUAGGGUAUUUGUAAAAAAUAUUGACGUGAUAUGGAUAAUGUAUUCAGGAUGUGACUGGCCCAAGGAACAAAAAGAUUCUCAGUCUGGUUCGAAUUCAGGUGAAAAUGGAAGAGGUGAAAAUGUAUGUUUGGAACUGACUCUAUCUGGGAUAAAUCUGCAAUAUGACAUUUAUCCGGACGGGGAAUUAUUUGUGUCCAAGCUUGCACUCUCUGUUAAGGACUUCUAUCUCUAUGACAGGAGCAGGAAUGCCCCUUGGAAAAUGGUAAGGUCAUGUUAGUUAGUUGCCAUUCAUUUCUGCAUCUGCCUAUCGUAAAUAAGUUUACCCAUUUAAUAUUUGCAAUAUCGUUGAUUUGAAAGGUACUAGGCUAUUAUAAUUCUAAAGAUCAUCCUAGAGAAUCCUCAGCUAAAGCCUUCAAGUUGGAAUUGGAAUCUGUAAAGCCUGAUCCGUCAACACCUCUUGAGGAAUACAGGUACAUAGACGAUCUUUUUUCUUUCUUUUUUUUGGUUUGAGUGUUUCUUUAACACUUUUAGCCUAUUGGGGAUCUCAUUUUUCAACUUCGUAGACUGAAAAAUUCCUUUGGUAACAACUGUUUUAGGUUUAACAUCUGGCUAAAUCUCCUUGGAUGACUCUUAAUGUCAUUAACUUCGUAAUAGGAAUUUAUUUAAAUGCCAUUCGGGAAACAGUCAGAAAAGUUGUGGAAUUUCGGUGGCUGGAAACUGUCUUUCUCUGAGUGGAUGGGACCAUGUGUUCACUGAAAUCUUAGACGAAAGAUAAUUACAUGUAUAGUCUAACUCUAGAAAAUUCUCGUGCAAAGAAAAGUUAGUAGGAUUCACGAAGAUGGUGAAGGCUAUGCUGACCAAAUAGUCAUUCCAGAAGCAAGGAGUGUUAUUCUUCUUUAGAAAAAAUAAUAAAAUCCAAAUUUGACAAAGGAAUCCUUAUCCCUAGGAGCAUCUGAGAAUAAAUGGCCUAAGAACUCGUCCCCUCAUGACUUAUAUGAAGCCUCAUUCAUCUCCGUAAAGUGAGGUAGGUAAUCAUCCUUUGGAUGACUCCUAUGUAAGAUUCUCCUGUUAAAAUCUUCCUUUUCAAUAUGAAGCUCUCGUGGCUUACGGCCAACUUCCAAAUCACCUCAGUCCUGUUGACAUGAAAAAACUUAUUAUCAUGAUGCUAAAGAUGAGUCACUCAAAGAAAAGGUCUUUCAUCCUCUGGUUUCGUUUGCCUGGUGACCCUGAUCAGACUUAGCUGUUUUCUAUUCUUGACCUUCCUGGAAUGACCUUGUGUUUACUUCAUGGAUGGAGAAUGUCACCUCAUUUUCAUGUCCCUUCAUUGCCUUAAUCAAUGAUGGAGUUAAUAGUUUUCACCACCAUCUAGGAGAUCCUCUUAACAUCAACAUUCCCCUUAAGUUGUCGCCAUCUCUUUGUGCCAUCCAAAUCAGAAAUGUCUCUUAUGUACUGCAUACCACCACUCUUGUUUCCGUGAACUAAAAAAAAACACACUUUUUCCCUCUAAAAGCUCAAGUAAUAGUUUUUUUCUUAUGGUAUACCUGACUGGGUAGUUCAUGACUUCGAGAAAUGACCUCCCAUGAACAGUGGCGACGCAAACCCUAGGAGAUAGAAUAUGCGAAGGAAAAACUCACUCAGUGUUCAAUAGUUGACUGUUAUGUACCAGUACCAAGGCCACAAAACGAGGAAACUACCUAACAUCUAGGAAACCGAAAAAAUAGGAAACAAACAAGUUAUACUAGGAAACGGUUCAACUACAUAUAGGAAACAAACAACUACCCAUUUUGUUUAUUGAUCAUUGCUUGUAGUUUCUCCCAAAUGAGAAACACACUGUUCCAAAUAAUUAUUCUUUGUUCAUUCAUGUUUAACGUUAUAAAUGUAUUAGCUUUUUACUUUAUUUUCUACAAGACCAUAAACCUUUCAUUUAGCGCAUAUAAUAGUUUAGAAAAUAAAUAUUUCAUUUCACAUUCAAUUGGUUUACGAAGCAUAAUUUGUAAUCGUCCAGAAAAGCAUUAUAAUUGUUCUUUUAUUCCUGCUUAUUUGUAGUCACCUCUUCAGUUAAUUUUGUAUCUUAUACCAUUAAUUGGAUUCAUAUAUACUGAAGUAUGUCUGGAUAGCAUCAGAGUCGAGCUGUUAUUUCAAAAAGUCUCUCAAAUACGAAUUUUUGCACCUUCUCAGGCUGCAGUUUAGUUUUCUACCCAUGAGACUGCAUCUUCAUCAAGGCCAACUUGACUUCCUCGUGAAUUUUUUUGCCAACGAUUCUUCAAAUAGUAAUUUGGGUGCACCACAAACAUCAAUGAAAAUGGACAGAAGUUUUGAAGGACAAUUUGUUGCAGAAGAAGCAUUGCUUCCAUUCUUCCAGGCAAGUGCAGCUGAAUGUUUCUUCUUAGUCUUCAUCGUUUGAAUUACAUGUCAUGUACAUCGCCAAAGUACUUGAUCCUAUGGUUUAUCUGAACUUCUAUUUCUAUUUCGUGUACCCGGUCCCAAUCCUCUGACCACUUAAUGGACGCAGGAAGUUAUUAUAAAUAUUCCUUGCUACAUUGUGAGAUGCCAUUGUAUUUUCUUUUCUGACAUAUUUUCUUAAAUAUCGUCUAUUUUACUAUUCACACUAUGGCUUUAAGAUAGUUAUUUCAGAUAUCUCAACUGUAAGAAUAAUCAUGUUAUUUUUUUUCUUGUCCAGAAAUUUGACAUAUACCCUGCAGUUCUUCGUGUGGAUUAUAUUCCUCGUCAUGUUGAUAUGGCAGCAUUGCGAGGAGGGAACUAUGUACAACUUAUAAAUCUUGUUCCGUGGAAGGUAUCUUUGGAAUUUUGAAAAAUCAUUGGUGUGCUUUUGUUCAACUUGUAUUGAUCUCUAAAGAACUUUUAUCUUGAUGAUUUAAAUAACAUUCAUGCUGUUUGAUUUUGUGCUUCAUAUUUGCUUUCCUGUGUCUUUAUCUCUAUAUCUCUUCAAAGCAUGCUUUCUUAGUCUGUGCUUGUGUACCUUUUCUAAGUGUAUUCAGCAUCUUCGUCAAAUCAAAAUUAAAACCUUUUCCUUUACCUUCUCACGUUUCCUUGUAUUUUAUUAGUUUGUGAGAGAGAACGGAGUUACUAAUGGAUACUUUUGUGUUUUUAGGGAAUUGACAUACAGUUGAAGCCAGUUCAUGCUGUGGGUGUAUAUGGUUGGGGAAGUGUAUGCGAAACAGUUAUUGGGGAGUGGUUGGAAGAUAUUUCACAGAAUCAGGUUUGGUGUUGUUAUGCCGUGUUCUGCGAUUUGAUUUGAUGAAGACUAUUAAUGAUGUGCUGAAAUAUUUAUUCCCCAUGACGUGGAUGUCAUUCUACAGAUUCAUAAAGUUUUGAAGGGUCUUACGCCUGUGAGGUCAUUGUUUGCUGUCAGUUCCGGUGCUGCAAAACUUGUUUCAUUGCCGGUCAAAACCUACAAGAAGGAUCAUAGGUUGCUCAAGGGAAUACAAAGAGGUAACUACAAAACUUUUUCUUGACUAACUGCUUUCGUCAUGCGAUAUUUUUUAACGGGGAAAUCUUCACAUUAUUUUAGUUCUUCGAAAAGUUCAUUUUUCUGUUAAACCCAUUCGUAGUCAUUCAUGAACUAUCAAUGAACCUGCUUGAGGUUUGCAAGCCUGAAAGUCCUGUCCACACUUCUGAGGUGAUAUUUUUGUUAAUACAUAUAAUUGUUAAUGUCUUGGACUGGAAAACGCUUGAAUUGGAAGCCAGAAGCAUAAAGGUAAAAUGACGAAGGCUUGCCAAAGAGAUAGUCUGAUUUUAUCCCAAAAAUCUUUGUCUAUUCCAGAGUCUUUAAUUUAGGCAGUUUACGAGGGAAUUCCACAGAAGAGAUAAACAGAGAUCUUAUUCCUAAUUUUUUUUUUAGCUAUUUGGAUGUCAGAAAAUAAACUACUCUAAGCCAUAAAUAUCUAGAAGACUACAAUAGCCAUGCUGAGAAUGGCUAGUGAACAAAGAAAGACGUGAGUAUUGUUUCCUGUCAAUUCCCUCCAAAUCAGUUGUUGACCUGGAUUGUAGCCCAGAACUUUCUCCACAUGUUUUAGGUAUGGAAAUCAGUAAGACUAGUUAGGUUCAACAACUGAACUAAAAAAGAACGUAAUUAAUCCUUUGCAGUAUUCUCUUUCGUUUGGUAAACUGGAAAUCAACUUUGAAGUGGCGUGUGGCUGUCACCCUCUGUAGAGAAAAAUCUCCAGGACGAAAUUAGCUAGUUAUAUAAAUGGUGAAAGGUGUUGGUCUUCUACGUGAAGUCAAGAUCAUAAGAUACCAGACCCAAAAAUGAGACAAAUAGAUGCAUGAAAACACAAGAAUAUAACCUAAUCUCCAUUAUGCAUAUAGUAGAGGUCGCAUUUACAGGAGUUCGUGAAAAUCGCUUGAAACUAUUUAGAGGCCUGCAAAGUAGACCGGCAGGAGCUCAUGUUUUAGAUGUUGACGUCCUUUUCGUUGACAUUUUUGAAUGAUUUAGGAAAAAGGUACAGAAAUUUAUUAGUAUGUUUAACAUAAAAUAUAAGUAUGCUAUACCAUUGUAGGAUUUGGUAGAAAUCAUGGUGUUUUUCUGAUGUUAGAGAUCAGCGUUGACAAAAUAUCUUAUCAGUAGGUCACAGGGCUAUACAUGUGAUUUUCUGACGGCUGAAGAAUGAUUUUCUGCACCCCUGCCCUCUCUAUCUCUGCCUAUACCUGUGAUUUUCUUUUGCUCCGAACCUGCCUUGUCCUGUACCUUUGUCCUUGUAGCCUUUUGGUCCAACAAGUAGGAUUAUGUGAUUCAAAUGUCAUUGGUGAUGUAACGGGGUCGAAGUGUCUUUAGACAGGUUGUAGGCUAUUCUGAUUUUUUUUCUCAUUGAAUUGAAGGACUGACAUAUACUAGAUAGUUAAUUUUUUUUUCAGUUUCAUGAGAAUUUUUCAAAUGAAUUAUGCAAAUCUACGUUAAUGCCCUGUGGAGAUGACUUCAGAGCUGAAAUUUCGCUUAUUCGAUAAUUUUCUUUAUCCAGGAGCACUUGCGUUUCUUAGGAGCGUCUCCCUUGAAGCCAUUGGCCUAGGUGUGCAUCUAGCUGGCGGGGCACACGAGUUAUUGCUUCAGACAGAAAAUAUCCUAGCCAGCGUUCAACCUUUGGCACCAUCAUCUCGAGAUAGUGGGACUGGAAGUGUGAGGUGUAACCAGCCCAAAAAUUCACAGCAUGGAAUUCAACAGGUAGCAUUAGUACAUAGGAUUGCGUUAUCUUUUGCAUUUAAACCUAGUGUUGAUUAUGAAGCAUUUGCAUUCCCCUUCUUUGUGUACCUUUCUGAGAGAUAGGAACUCCUGUCUUUGGGUUCUUGAAAACGGCAUACCUGAAAUGCUAGUAAUUGUACUGACUAACUACCUCAUGCAGCAUAUCUAAAUUUAUUUGAAAGUAUGAUCUAUUUUUUAAUUUAGAGAAAAGAAAAAUACAAAAGAACGAGCCUGUAUAAUUGGGGCUUGCUCAAUUCAUUGUUGCCACUGAUUGUCUUAUUUAAGACUACUCAUGAAUAAAAUAUAGAUGAACUAUACUCAGAAAGAAAACUAUGGUAAGAACGACGAAAAGAUGUAACAUGAUUGACAAUGUCCUGUAGAAAAUAUCUCUAGUUGAGUUAACUAGGUUGAAUCCUUGAAACAUGCCAAAUUCAAAAUCUGGUUUCCUCAUGCAAAUAAUUAAGUGAGCCUCAUUUUUCUUUCCAGAAUUUCUUAUAGAUUUUAAGCUUUUCUAAAUGCAAAGAGGGGUUUCGACCCUAAAAUCAUUCCUCGUAAACUGAUUAUUUUUAAUUUCUUUUUUUCCUCAUGGCCAUCUUUAGUUCUAAGGUAAACGUCUAUAGUCGCCUUGGAUGGUUAUUAUAUUGAGUGAUGGUAACCAAUGUUGGAUGUCGUCAUUUUGGAGCUUAACGUUCUCUCUCUAUUUUGUCCUCCACUAAUGGCGACUGAGUUGUCACUCAGUGUUCCAGUGAGUAGAGGUCGAAUGGUGGUGGGAUUCAUCGAAGUCAUCUGUGAUGGUAGUAAUGACACAAGACUUCCAGUGUUCUUACUCUUCUCAUCCACAAGAAGGCUGUAGAUAUUAUGUAAUGUGUAUAGUGAAAGAGUUACAGAGAGAUACCUCAGUAUUAGGAUGCAUUCGUCAUGAGACAAGUGACUAUUUCAAGAGCUCUAGGGAUCUGAGACAUGAGAGGACCCUCUUCCUUCUUGUGGGCCAGAUUCUAAGUUCAACAUAGAACAAGGUGGCACUUGGAACAUUACAUGAAGGGAUUCAAGUUGGCCGAAAAAACAUACCUACUACAUGUCUCUAAUUUUUGGAUGAUACAAUCUUUAUUUAAUAGGGCGAUGUGGGGAAAAUUCAAAUGCUCAAAAGGCCUUGGCAUUACUAGAAAUAGCCACUUUCAUCUGGGUGAAGAUGGAUUCUCUCAAAGCUGCAUCUACUUUGGCCAUUUAUUUAACGCCCAUUUUCUAAAUACUGAAAUAUGUUGUGAAGAUGAUUGGGCCCAGAAUAACCUUAUUUUAUUUUAUUUAGUGAGUCGAUUAGUAAAAUAAAAGCUUCCCACUUAAUCGACUGGGGCCCAGAAUCCAAAUCUUCCAGCCUAUUGUCCUAAAAAAAAAAACUAUCUUUUGUUUCUUCCAUGGGGGAAAAUGGAACAUCUGCUUGUGAGAUCAGAAAACAGAACAUGCGUUUCACGAUUUGCACGAGGAACCAGUGGACCAUUUCUUUGGGGCAUGGAAUUAUUGAUGCCCUGUGAAAAUUUAUCUCUGAUACAGUCUGGAUGCCAAUUAAGGAAUUACCAAAUUGGCCCUUUUUUUGGUCAUAUAUUGCUGAUCUUGACGGGUCGAUGGUGCUUUCAGUAGCAGUCCUUUGUGCCAUAUGGGAUGGUAAUAAAUAACAUAAAAUAUCUAUACAUGUUCGAUGCAGGAUUAAGAUGGCUCUGCUGAUUGUUUCCAAGUUUUCGUGAGCAAAUAACAUCAGAGAUCAUCUUCAGCUGGGUUCCAUGGUUAUGAUCUUUGAAAGGAAAACCUUGUGCUCCAAUUACCCUCCUUUCUGUAUCCCAUCUGGGUAGAACAGAAGAGGAUCGAUCUUCUUGGGCUUUCCCCUCUUAUGUAGUUCUUGUACUGCAUUCAAAGCAUCUGCAUGUCCGAUCCUCUUCUUCUUCUUCUUCUUCAAACAGUGGCACUGUGCAUUCUUGUUCAGAUUCCUCUUUCAGACUAUCAAAGUUUUCUUUUCCUCCUGCGAGCAGGCCUUUGAAAGUCUAAGCGACGGCUUCGGGAAGACCACCACCGCUCUCGUUGGGACCCCUCUGAAGGAGUAUCAGCGUGGUGCCGGCACAGGGUCGGCAUUGGCCAGCGCCAUCCGGGCGGCUCCGGUGGUGGCCGUCGCCCCCGCAUCUGCUGUUGCCCGGGCGGUGCACUGUACUCUCCUGGGAGUGAGGAACAGGUACUCCUUUUCUGGAUAAUCAACAGAGAAAACCAGAGAUUACUAUAAAAAGAUCGAACAAAGCAACCCGUUGACUCCAUUCCAGAUUGUCCUUUUUUGGCCUACCCAGUUAGAGUCAACGAUCAUCAUUCGAUUGGAGUGGGCAAAACGCUGCUCUUCUAACAGGCUUGGUGGGUCUUCUGUGCAGCCUUGAUCCGGAGCACAAGAAGGAAUCCAUGGAGAAAUAUCUUGGCUCCUCUAGAUCUCGAGAACGAUGA